UCUACAGGCUGCGACAUUUAUAAUUCAUAAAAUUUUGUUCGAUGAUGAUGGUUUGGCUUACGUUUGUGCUACAGCAGAGCGGUUUUUUGCAGUACGUCGAGUUUUGGACAUGAUGUUCGAAAGUCUUGACAAGCAACCCACACCUCGUCUUUUGAAGUUUAUAAUUCCUUGCUAUGCUCGUUUGUCUGAUGGUCGCCGCAGGGCUGGCAUUGCAUUAGCAAACUCUCUUCCUAGUGUGUUUAGAGACACCAUUUUUCUUAAUCACCUUCGUGAAGACCCAGCAACAUGGAAGUGGGUAAAGCACUUGCAGGAGAAUGUUGAAAAGAACCAGGAACCUUUAGUAGAAGGUGGAGGAGAAAACAAUGAUAUUAUGGAGUCGUCAACAUCUGGACAAUGAUAUGUCGUAUUGCAUUUGUUGAGCUUGCUACACUAGUACUUUAUGGACCACUUAUCUUUCUACUUGAAAAUUUGAGACAAGUCGAUA